GUUUUGUUUGCGUGGAUCGUUUCCGCAGAAAUGUCAGUGCCGAACUGCCGGUGAACCGAACUUAACAAAUAAAUGAAUUAAAGUAUUUCGUUCGGCCGAUAAAGGAACAGUAGUUCUCGUUCCAGUGUAUACAGUGUUUUGGGGAUCAACACUGCGUUACGAAAUGAUCCCAACGACACGCUUGCUAGCCAUGUCCUCAAAAGCCGCUGCAGGUAACUAACUAACUAGCUAGCUAAUGUUAGCUAGGCUAACGCGUUGCGAUAGAUGGACCAUAGCUUGCUAACUCGCUAGCUGGUUUUCAUUUUCUCUUGUCCUCACCAUUGUGUUUUACUUAGACCUAUUCGUUACAUUCCACGUCUCUACAGUAACAUUAGGAUAUGCUGUGUCAAUAGGCUUGUGUGUAGCUAGUUUGCAUAGAUAGUUUAACUUUUAAACCCAACUAGCCGACGUUAGCGUCUAGCCCACGACAUUUUCAACACGUAACGUUAGCUAGCUAGCCCUCUGCGGAACCCUACCAUCAAAUCAAGCUUUCCCCCAGUUUCGUUUUUUAUUAACUUGAGAAACUAGUUCUCUGGAAUACGAUGGCUUCUUCGUCGGGAAACGAUGACGACCUCACCAUUCCCAGGGCAGCCAUCAACAAAAUGAUCAAAGAAACUCUUCCCAACGUACGGGUUGCCAACGAUGCAAGAGAACUUGUUGUGAACUGCUGCACAGAGUUCAUACAUCUAAUCUCAUCAGAGGCGAAUGAAAUAUGUAACAAGUCUGAAAAGAAGACCAUAUCACCUGAACAUGUCAUUAAUGCACUUGAAAGCCUGGGUUUUGCGUCGUACAUCACAGAGGUGAAGGAUGUCCUGCAGGAGUGUAAAACAGUAGCACUUAAAAGGAGGAAGGCCAACUCUCGCCUGGAAAACCUGGGCAUCCCAGAGGAAGAGCUCCUCAGACAACAGCAGGAACUAUUUGCUAAGGCACGGCAGCAGCAGGCCGAGCUGGCCCAGCAGGAGUGGCUCCAGAUGCAGCAAGCUGCCCAGCAGGCCCAGUUGGCUGCAGCAUCCGCCAGCACUGGACAGCAGGCUGGCUCCUCCCAGGAUGAGGAUGAUGAGGAUGACAUGUGAUUAUGAAGAUGAUACCUGGGUCUGGGCUGCAACAUACAAAACAUUUAGAACAGAUAAUAAAAACAAGAAUUUCUUAUUGGAUAACUACAGAUAGUAGGCUACCACCUGUUUCUGGCUGUUUUCAUCCGUUUCGUGCCUGCUGAACACGACCCAGGCCAUAACCCUUGUCUUUGGACAGUGUCGGCAAGCAGUCCUCUCUUUCUCUCUCCGAACACUCUCAUUGGCAGUGAUCUGAGCUGUGUUCGGACAUAAUGCACAUAACCCCACCAGUCCAGUAUCAGGAGUUCACAUUAUGGACAGUUUCAAGGUACAUAGAUAUGGGGAAUUUUAUGUUUUUGUCACAUACUAGUUAGACAUUUUUUCUUUUGACAGUAGUACCUGAAAACACAUGGAUAAAGAUACAUUUUCAAAUUUUCCUUACUUAAAUGAACAACUUUUGCCAAUUACAAAUCAAAUGUUACAUCUGUCA